AUGAUCGAUGCCUUCAUUAAACUCUACGAAGAGACGGAUGAUCCAGUCUCUGCGUCAGAAGCUAAACCAUUAGCUGAGCAUAUGGAAGGAUUUGAGUUCUCAUUUACACUAGUGCUUUGGUACGACAUCUUAUUCCAAGUCAACAUUGUAAAUAAGGCUAUGCAGUCGGAAACUAUGGAUAUAUCAAAUGCGUCAAAAAUGCUAGAAAAGUGCCUGAUCUUUGUAACAGAGUAUAGAAAUACUGAUUAUUCAACGGCGAUAAUUACGACCAAGGACAUAGCUAGUGAAGCUGAAAUCGAGCCAGUUUUUAAAGCAGUCCGAAUUCGAAGAAAGAAGAGAAUGUUCGGUUACGAGGCAUCAGAUCCCGAAGAAUUGUUCAAUACGACCGUUUUCUACCCAAUGAUCGAUACUAUUGAAAGUGCUUUAAAAACUCGCUUCGAACAACUAUCAACAUUUAAUACCACAUGGUCGUUUUUAUAUAAUUUAAAAACUAUACCUGAUAAGGAUAGACUGCAAGAAGUCUGUAUUAACUUAGAAGCUGCGUUGACAAAUGGUGAUAAGUCUGAUAUUUCAGGGAACGAGUUAAAACAAGAAAUUCUCAGUAUUCGAAAUUUAUUAAAUGACUCUGGUGAGCCAUUAUUGCCAUUAAAAGUGCUUCAACUGAUUCACGAGAAUAAGUGGCAAGACAUGUUUCCUAAUUUGUGGACUGCUCUUCAAAUACUCUUAACUAUUACAGUAACUGUAGUUUCAGAAGAACAAAGUUUUAGCAAAUUGAAACUUAUAAAGAUAUAUUUACGUUUUACCAUGCUCGAAGAUAGAUUAUCGGAUUUGGCAAUAUUAUCAAUAGAAAAUGAUUUUGCAAAAUCCCUCAAUUUUACAGAGAUAAUUCAACAAUUUGCAGGUGCUAAAGCAUGA